AUGAAUGCAACCUCCCGCAUUUCAUCUACUCCAUCAUAUCUCCACGCUACUCCAAGCAAACGAGUCCAACAGAAGAAGGCGCAAGUUUGGAACGACCAAGCCAAAGUUAGCUGUCAAAAAAAGUCCUCACCAAGGCGCCCAAACAGCAAAUCCAAGCCAAAGAAAGUUACCAAAGAGCACAAAGAGCCUACCCACUUGCUUCUCAAGAAUACAGGAAUUGUAUCUCUCGCCCCCAAUACUCGUCCUCGUGUUUUACAACAUUGCAGGGCUAUUUUUUGGACUCGGACACCACAGCAAUCUUUCAAAGGGACCGAUGACAACUCAACUCUGGCUGGUGCAUACAUUGUGACGUCAGAUCCUACAUCCUCCGGUGCGUCCGCAGCAAGUAGUAUCUCAGAUAUUACCGACAACUCCGCAAGCUUCUUUUCUGUCAAGAUUGACGAAGGGGGUACUGACUUUGAACGAUCACAAGCCGACGCAGAUAAGAUUUUGGCCAGCCAUCGCGUCGACUCGCUUGGAUCAGAGGGAAACUCGGACGGUGUCUUCCGUUUUCUGGAAGCUAUGCUCUUUCCAAUGGGAGAAAUGAGCAACAAUGUUUCUGUCCAUAGGCAUUCGGAGGGGACUGUGAUGACAUCUCCACCGGAAUGGUUCAUCCAAUGCGUUGACCCAACUGACGUGGAAGACGCAGAAGCAGACAGCAUUCUUGAAGGUAUGAUGCUCUCGAUUUUUGAUGAGGACGUUUCGUUCGAACGGGAGAUAGCAGCUUUGAGGGAAAUGUAACGACGAGAUGCCGGCCCAUUUUCUAUUUUGCGUCGAUUUCGGUACCUUAGUUGCAUACAUUUAAAAACGUCAAGACCAUAAACAUUUACAUCAGAAACAAAGGCUUCGAUCUUCCUGUAAAAUACCUCUUUCUCAAGAUUUGUGCAGAGUAAGGACACUUACAUCACUACUUAUAGAUUGUAUCUCUUGGAAAUCGAAAAUGCAUUUUCUUACUACCACCAACCACUUAUCGAUCCAGCCAAAGAUACAGUGCAACCCAUGGCCGCAAGGAAUCCGACCCAUUUAAUACUCCCUCCUUUUUUG